GGUAAAGAACGAGAGGUGAGGCGCAUGGAGGAGGAGGGAGAGAAAGUAGUGGCCUGGGCGUGCGACGCGGAGGGGGCGGGCGAUGGAGAGCGGCGCGAACGCACGGCGGCGGCGGCGGCUGGUGGAUAGGGGAUCCGAUCGCCUCGCCUUCAUCACCGGCCAAGCUCAGAGCCUCCCCUCCGAUCCGUCCCCAGAUUCACCACUUUAUACUGUUGAUGCUGCUUCCCUUCAGCGAUCUGAACGUCAGCUAAAUGAAGUUGGCAUUGGUGAUGACAUAUUCAACUACAUAACUCAGUUGCAAAAAUCAGAAUCUGGUGUUCAACCGACUAGUGAGGCCCACCUGGAAACUCAUAAAGAGAAACACCAAGGUAAUGAAAGUGACCUCCAAAAGCUCAAGACAAGCAAUGUGGUUCCUGAAAUUCAGCCAGUAAAUGAAAAGGCAUUUCAAAGGCACAGUGAGGAAACCCUCAGGAAGAAGAACAGUCAUGACAGAUCGGCAAGUACACAGCCUAUGAGGGAAAUGGAAACAAGAUCCAGAUAUGUGCCUCCAAAUCAGUCUAAUCAAUCUGAUAGUGCAGGUUGGUCUGUGGAAACUCUGAAGGAAAUCCUGAAUUUCGCACCACAUGAGAUUACCCAGGCCAUAUCAGCUACAGAGUAUAACCGAUUUUUGGCUUCCGUCAUCAUUGGUUUUCUGGUGGUUCUUUCAAAUUGGGGGCUGGACGUUGGUGGCACUAUCACCAAAGUAUUAGUUGCUACAAGGCCAAUUCUAUUUCUUAUUGUAACGAACAUAACCAUUGUCUUCACUUUGUUGAUGGAGAACAAGGACCCCAACGUGAGGGGUAGACCAGCUGGCAGCAACCUUGGUUCUGCUGAUAACUUAGGCCAAAUGCUAGAGAUUGGGUUGCUGCUACAGAAAGCCCUGAGCACCCUCCUGAUAGACUGCAGCGUUUGCGCUGUCAUCAUGAUCUGUUUUAUUUGAUUUUGAGGGGUACCAUUGACAGUAUUUUACGGAAUUGCUUGUAAGAACGCCAGGUACCAUUCUGUCUAUCGUUCGAAUUUGGAGCCCUUUUUGCUUUAUGUAUUUAUCUACUGUUUUCUGCAUAUAUGAAUAUGUAUAAACCUUGUCCAAGAGAACGGACGCGUGACAGAGUGAGGUUGGUAUCAGUCUAUCAGAGGACCAAAUUUCUCUGUA